AUGGGCCAACGGAGUUUCGAGGAAGCCGCCAUUGCCGCCACGGGCUCUCAGACACUCGAGCAUCGCUUCGGCAAGCGGCGACGCGCCAUCGACUUGGACCAUGACACACCCUCGAUCCGCCCGUGGCGAUGUAAUCUGGUCGGUUCUCACUUCGAAUCCUGCGAGAGGACACUUGCAGCUGACUCCCCGCGCUUAGACUGGCUUGUCACAAGUGCACAAUCUCUACUUCGUUGCCUAUACCCACGAGAUCUAUGUCUACGUGCCCCAGUUUCCCACGCAACAGCUGCCCAGCACGCCUGCACUCAUCGUGACAUCGCAGCCUUCGGGCCCUGGCUUCCAAGGAUAUCUAGAUCUGCGUCAUCCACACGCGAUCAACCACCUGGUCGUACAGAACCUGGGCAACGAAGAAGUUGUAGCGGCCGUGCGGGAUGAUGGCGAUGUCGAUGCAUUUCUCGUGCGACACAUCGUGCAAGCCAUCGAACGGCGAGGUGAGCCGGACAGCGGCAUGGGCCUCGACGCCGAUGAGGUGAAGCCCAUUUUCCAGAGUAACGUGGGGAUGAGUGCUUGGGGUCUAGCUAUCCAUUCAGAAGCCCGUAUAAUUGCAACGAGCGCCAACACGCACAACAUCACCAUCUUUAAGUUUGGACUCGUUGAGACAGACCAGGAUGAAGCUAUGCGAGAAGAUGGAGACGACGACGAUGAGGUCUCCAAUACCACCCAAGACCGUGGCAUGGACGUCACACAUUCCGUCCUCAACGGCACCUCGAACAUCCCGUACAUCGCAUUCUGUAACACGGGCGAUGAUCCUUCUGCCAGAUGGUUGUUGACAAGCGACAUCAGUGGCUACUGCAGAACAAUAGACUUGCAUGAGAUGCAGUCUUCCCAGACGUUCCGUUUUGGCCGUCCGCAGAGUUACCUUGCGUCCAGCUCUCAUGACCGCUUCAACUCUGGGUGGGCCAUCAUGUUUCUCGACAGGCGGUCCUUUAUCCCGGAAGACGACUUCUACGCCGCGCUCGGCUUAGACGAAGGCGAAGCGUUGCCUGGUUCAUACGACUCACGCGGAGGCAAGAUCUGGGAUAUUGGAGCUACAGUAUCCCACGUACCAUGCAUCUCUGACAGUUUCUCGGCCAAAAAGCAAAAGCGUACAAGCCCUGCAUCUCGGCCGGCUGCAAGCUCAACGGCAAGUACACGCGGAGUCGAGCAAAGCCCAGAAAGCGGAUCUGACCCGAUGCCUGCUUCGGAGGAGAUGGACCAAGGAUUCGAAGACAUUCUAGAUGACGCCUUGCAACACAUCGUAACUCAGGAUGACCUGGAUGCUGCUUUGGGGUCGACCGAGGGCGGAGAGUCCGACUCUGAUCAAUCAGAAUAUUACGCUGACAUCGACCUGGAACUGGACGAUGAAGGGACCGAGGACACCGUCUCAUUCAGUGCCAUGUACGGCGGCAGACGCAUCUGUGGCAAUGAGCCCCGAGGCUUCCAAUCGCACAACAAUCUCUGCGGCGAUUGUCCAUGUCCCAUUCUCCACGCCUCUGUGCGAAGCGUAUACCUGCUGCAGCCUUCCAACAAAAGAACUUCUCUCCGAUCCGACCCAUUCACGGCGCCGACGGUGGGCUUUACAAAUGCGCUCCAUCAGCUGGUCCAAGGCGAAUUCGCGUACCUCAACGUCUUCGAACGCCUCAACAUGAACGCAUACAUCCCCGCCAUCGGUAUCGUCAUCUUGGGCUCGCAGAAAGGCCGUGCGGUCAUUCUAUCCUUGACCAAGAUGACGAAGCGAUCACGUCUGCCAAAAGAGAUCCUGACUUCUGGCGUGGAGUACCCCGAUACGACGUACGCCAUGCGCAUCGAGCGAAUCCUGCCCUUUGCGCACCAGGAAGAGCAACAGCUGCGGCCUUUCGCUCCCUUGGCGGGGAUGUCCACGGGCCCCGUGCAAGGCACCGAGCACCUCCCUGACGACAAGAAACGUUGGCGGCUUUUGAUGAUGUACUCGGAUCACACGGUUCUGAGCUAUGAAAUCAGGAGAAGACACGCUCGAGACUCCGGAGUGGAUAUCCAGGGAGUGAUUGUUUGA